UAUUACUCUAUGCCACCAACGUUAAAACAGUCCCACCGCUCUCCCUGCCCGAGCUACGGCCGGCGGGGAGGCUUUCCCUGGCCCCGAGCAGCCUCCAGCAGCCGGGCGGCUCCCCCGGCCCCAUUCCCGUUCCCGGCCGGGCGGUGCGGAGCUGUCUCUGCCCGGAGGGUGCUGAACCGCGCGGCGCGGGAGCGGCGGCCGGAGCCCUCCCGGCCUCGCCCGGCGUCCGGAGUGGAGGUAGGAGGCGAAGGGGGCGCCGGGGGAUGGGGGGAACCGGCGGCGACCCCGCGCCGCCCGCCUGAGGAGCCCGCGCACAAAGCCGCGCCGCGGCCAUGGAAGAGGAGCUGAAGUGCCCGGUGUGCGGCUCACUGUUCCGGGAGCCCAUCAUCCUGCCCUGCUCGCACAAUGUCUGCCUGCCCUGCGCCCGCACCAUCGCCGUGCAGACCCCGGAGAGCGAGCAGCACUUGCCGCCCCUGGUCCACCCGCGGGGCCCCGCGCCGCCGGCUGCCGCAGCCGCGCCGGGAGCGGGGCCGGGGGUGGCCGCGGGCUCCGCUGCCUGCCUGGACUCGGAGUGCGCGGCGGGCGGCGGCGGGGACCAUGCGGACAAGCUGAGCCUGCACAGCGAGACCGACAGUGGCUACGGCUCUUACACCCCCAGCCUGAAGUCCCCCAACGGCGUGCGGGUGCUGCCGCUGGUGCCCGCGCCCCCGGGGUCCGCGGCGGCUCCGCGGGGCGCCGGCCCCGCCAGCUCCUCCCUCACCUGCCCGCAGUGCCACCGGAGCGCAUCCUUGGACCACCGCGGGCUCCGCGGCUUCCAGCGCAAUCGGCUGCUAGAGGCGAUCGUGCAGCGCUACCAGCAGGGCCGCGCCGCCGCCGCCGCCGCCGCCAAGUGCCAGCUGUGCGACCGCAGCCCGCCCGAGCCGGCCGCCGUGCUGUGCGAGCAGUGCGAGGUGCUGUACUGCGCAGCCUGCCAGCUCCGCUGCCACCCGGCCCGCGGGCCCUUCGCCAAGCACCGCCUGGCCCCGCCGCCCGCACACCCCGGCGCCCCCGGCGGCGGAGGGGACGGCGGCGGCGGGAAGGGGGCGGGCGGCGGCCGCAAGCUGCCGACGUGCGCCGAGCAUGACCUGGAGAACUACAGCAUGUACUGCGUGAGCUGCCGCAGCCCCGUCUGCUACCAGUGCCUGGAGGAGGGCAAGCACAGUAAGCACGACGUGAAGGCCCUGGGAGCCAUGUGGAAGCAGCACAAGGCACAGCUCUCUCAGGCUUUAAAUGGUGUUUCAGAUAAAGCAAAGGAAGCUAAAGAAUUUUUGGUUCAGCUGAAAAAUUUAUUGCAGCAGAUCCAGGAAAACGGGCUGGAUUACGAAGCCUGUCUUGUUGCUCAGUGUGAUGCCUUGGUUGAUGCGUUAACACGACAAAAGGCAAAAUUGCUCACAAAGGUGACCAAAGAACGUGAGCACAAGCUGAAGGUUGUUUGGGACCAGAUAAAUCACUGUACACUGAAGCUACGCCAGUCAACAGGGCUUAUGGAGUACUGCCUAGAAGUUAUCAAAGAAAAUGAUCCCUCUGGGUUUUUACAGAUUUCGGAUGCUUUAAUCAAGCGUGUUCAGGUAUCUCAGGAACAGUGGGUCAAAGGAGCCUUGGAGCCAAAAGUGUCUGCUGAGUUUGACUUGACUCUGGAUAGCGAACCUUUACUGCAGUCAAUUCACCAGCUGGAUUUUAUUCAGAUGAAAUUUCCUGUUUCAGUGCCACCCGUCCCAUUACUGCAGCUGGAGAAGUGUUGCACCAGAAACAACAGUGUGACAUUGGCCUGGAGGAUGCCACCUUUGAGCCACAACCCAGUGGAGGGUUAUAUCUUGGAACUUGAUGAUGGAGAUGGUGGCCAAUUCCGAGAAGUAUAUGUGGGCAAGGAGACUCUCUGCACCAUUGAUGGCCUUCAUUUCAACAGCACUUAUAAUGCAAGAGUCAAAGCUUUCAACUCCUCGGGAGUUGGUCCUUACAGCAAGACAGUUAUUUUACAGACGUCCGAUGUGGCGUGGUUCACCUUUGACCCCUCCUCAGCUCACAGAGACAUAGUGCUGUCAAAUGACAACCAGACUGCCACCUGCAACAGCUACGAUGACCGGGUUGUUCUUGGCACAGCAGCCUUCUCCAAGGGCGUGCAUUACUGGGAACUGCAUGUGGACCGGUAUGACAACCAUCCAGAUCCGGCCUUUGGCAUUGCCAGGAUUAACGUUGUCAAGGACAUGAUGCUGGGCAAGGAUGACAAGGCAUGGGCCAUGUACGUUGACAACAACCGCAGCUGGUUCAUGCACUGCAAUUCUCACACCAAUCGGACUGAAGGAGGAGUUUCUAAAGGUGCCACUGUUGGCGUUCUCCUGGAUCUGAACAAGCACAACCUAACCUUUUACAUAAAUGGGCAGCAGCAAGGACCUCCAGCAUUUGAAAACAUCGAGGGCGUCUUCAUGCCUGCAUUGAGCCUCAAUCGAAAUGUCCAGGUGACUCUGCACACAGGAUUGGAGGUGCCACAAUGUGUAAAACAGACCAAGCUGCCCAACAACUAAUGAAGCCCCUGCCUGACACUGUGUUGGACUCUCUAAGAUUUCUUAGUGUGUUUUGGCACUUCUCAGUAAGUCAGUAAAAAAGCAUUCUUUUCCUUGACUUAAAACACUGUGCGGCGUGUUGCUCACCAAAUAAUCAGCUGGUUACAACUAGACCACUCCCUUUUUUAAUUUAACAGCCAUAGCAAGCACAUCCGCUGAACUGGCACUCAACUGAAGAUAUGUACCUGAACAUAUCUACAAUGCAUUGGACACAUAUGUAUACUCGUGCACACACACGCAAACACACAAAAAAAAGUUAAAUGAGUGUAUUUUCCCUCUCAUGGCUGGAUUUAUGCUUAAAUAUUAGUGAUGCUGGAAAAAAUGGGUAAGACUGAGGGGCAAUGGAUGUUGGAGCAAUUUACCAGUAGGUGAACUGGAUUCCCUUGCCACCUGAAGUCCUUAAGUCAAGAAAGCAUGUGUUUUGACAGCUGAAGUGGAGGCUGUAUGCUCAAGAAUUUCUGGUUGUCAAUUAUAUUCAGGGGCUCAAAUGACCAUUAAUUAUUCCUUCUGGCUCUAGACUGCAGUAAGCUAUGGGAUAAUGUCCCUCUUGAAGUCUGUGGCAGAACUUACCUCAUUAUCUGUGACAAGAAUAAGAUUGGUUUCCAAACACUGCCAUGAAAUAGUUGUGCUCAUUUUAGCUAACAUCAUGAUACAUGCAGAAAUCAGAUACAAAAAGUAGAGAGAAAAACAUCCUUGAUAACAUUUUAGUGUUUGUUAUUUAGGUGAUUGUGGAGAGUAUCACAUCCAGCAGAUUUGACUGUGGUUAUCAGCACAACUCUUGAAAAACAAUGCAGGGGAGAUUCCUUUCAACUGAAUUGAUAAGAAAUUUAUUUAAAUAUGGCACAUGCAAAGUCUCCCAUGUUGAAAAAUGCUGCUUUCCAGCCUUGAUCCUGAUAAGCCCUAGGCAGCUGUAGUUCCAAUGUAGCUUUGAGGUCAGAAGCCUUAAUUUUCUAUUAGAUUACUGUGAGCUAAUUAAUGUCUUGAUCCUAAUAAAGCACUUGAGAGAGAUUCCUAGCAUUAAUGCAAAACCUGUCCCUAAGAAUUUUUUUGGAUUGGGACAUAAAUCUUUUGCAAGACUUACCUGUGCCUGGCAUCUCCCAUAAAAACAAGCAGUCAUUUCAGGUGCUGCCCAUGACAACUGGAGUCUGUGACAACUAGAGAUGGUCAACUUUUCCCACAGCCAUGGCACUGUCACCUGCCUGCAGUUGUCAGAAAAUACACUGAUUUGCCUGCGUGCUUUUUCUGAACCCAGUUAACUUAUGCAAGUGUGUGUGUGUAUAAUGGCAAUGCGUGAGGACAAGAUGCAGCAGAUUGGGUGAGCUCAUGAUAUCUUGGACUCUGUCACUGUAUCCUGUGUAAAUGUGGUGCUAUCAAACAAGAGAAACAUAAACUCUUAAAUCCCAUCCAUGUUCUAUUUCCUUUUUUUAAAUCCUGCUGCUUAUACAAAUUUUCCUUUUCAAGUAUACAUAUACGCACACACACAUUGUUAUCAGGCAUAUAAUUAUCAAACCUGAAAACAAAUAUUCUAACCAAAAUCCAGCUUACUGCCUUGCAUUAAAGCACAGCCACAGGACAAAUGGCCCAGGCAUGCCCUUGGGCAGCCUGCCAGCCCCCAGGCAUGCUGCUGCAGGUCCACUUCUGGUCCCUGUAUGGAGCACAUCACUCAGGUAGUGCUGAGUGAUGGCAAUGCUUCCCUGUGGCAGAGCACAGGGUCAUCCCACUUCAAAGCCAUUCUGGGAAGGAAAAGGUAGCCCAGAACUGAACAGUCCUGGGCUUUUGCACAGACAAAAAACAGUCUGCCAUUCUGUUGCCUGUAACCAACCAAGCACCCUGUAGCCCACCUCUCCUGCAGAACAGCAGGGCACCUUCAGCAAUGUCAAGACUGAAACAGUAAAACCAACUAUGGAAAAGAAUAACAUAUGCUUUUAAGUGAGAAAGCAGCAGUACUUUCUUCAAAGUCUGGAAUGGAUUGUAUUAGUAAACUUGUAGAGAAUGGAAUAACUGUACUAUGCUGGUCUUGGUUUUGUAAAGAAUAUCAGAGACCAACUGUGUUAUAAUCUUCAGUUUCAUUCAAUACCAUAUGAACUCAUGGAAUAUUUUCUAAUUAGCAGGUCUGUUUUAACCUACCUCAGCUAGAACACUACCAGACCCUGAAUUUCCUCUUGAGUGUGCUCUUCUAUGAACGUAACAGUUGUAAUCAUAGUGUUGGCUUUGAGUAUUGCCAGUCAGAGUAGUGUAUGGGAAUAUUGUACAUAAAUUGCACAUAGUUUUUUAUAUUGGGAAACAUCCUGUGAUAAUUUGAAUAUGGAAGGCACUUCACCUUCACUUGUAUUAAAAGCAAGAGGGCAUUGUUUGUUUUGGGACUGAACCUUUGUCUUUACUCCCAACUUCUGUAAAGGAAACUCACAUGAAUUUACAUCUUUCCAAUCUUCAACCACUGCUAGACGUUUAAAAUUAAUUCCGAAUGGGUUUUAGAAGUGUUUUCAGUACUCGGUUUUGGUUUUCAUAGUUGCUUUGGUAUCGGUUCCUGGUGUAUUAUACCUUGGGGAGAACACACUGAGUGACAUGUUAUUAAUUUCUAAUGAAAAUACAGACAAUAGGUAGGACAUGCUUCAGAGCAGUAGAGAAGCUCUUUUUUUACCCUCUAUGCAUUUGAACAUCGUAAAAGUAGGGAACAGAUUAGCUACCAUUAUAGUCUCCUUUUAACCUAGAAGAAAUGCAAAUAAAAUAAAAGGAAUACAGUUACAGUAGGCUACCUGCAUUAGUAAGACUAAUUUACCCUAGGCCAAAAACUAAACAAAGUGUUUGUGUGUGUUGGUUGUGUACACAUUCAAGGACUUACCUUUGGCAUGGCCCGUAGCAAUAAACCAAUUACCCUCAUAGAGUGUACUUUUGUGACUUCAGCUGCAUACAUUUUCAUAGUUUGAUUAACAGAAAUAAUGCUUAAGUAGUUAAAAUUACUCUAGGAAACUAAUUAUUCCACAUAUGAAUAUUUAUGCAGAGUAUCUGAAUGGCAGUGGUCACUUGAUAAUAGGUAGAACAGAAUUUUCCCUUUGCAGAACAGCAUCAGUUGGGGAGAAGUGGGACAGUCCUAUUGCUCUGCUCAGGCUAGAGUUAGUUUCUUUCUUUGCAGGUAACUUCCCCAAGGUCCAUCUCAUUAUAAACCCAGCAAGUUUGCACGUUCUUCAUCUACAGUAUCCCUUAUGCCAGUUUUUGUUUCCUCCAAAUCCUUUCUUUAGGAGGGAGUCAGCUUUUAGUCCCUGCAGAAACUGUGUUGCUGACUGUCCAGGGAGAACCCAGAGGGCUGAAGGGCAGCAUAGAUUUCCAAGGGAACCAGUUGGGAUGCUCUUGCUUCCUUUUCAUUCCUCAGAGUAUCUCUGCAUCUCUCUGGGACUCCAAGCUCUUCUGGCACCUAGACAUACACAAAGCUGCCUCUCAUGGGACUCUUUGGCUCCCAGAGGCCAGGCUGCUCCUUACAAGCAGGAGAGCAAAGCCUUUUGCACCGGGAUGAAUCCCAUCCACUAUAGUACAGAGCCCACACAGGGUAGCUGUAAAUUGACUUAAUGUUUUAAAAAAACCACCAAAACACAAACAAGCCCUCCCCUAAUAAAUAUAACAAAGCUUGUCUUCUGCAUACACAAAUUUGGAAGCUCUGAAAAGCUGCAAAAUAAAUAGAGCAGGUAAACUUUCUGUUCUGCAGAGCAACAAAGGACUCUCAGUUUUCACCUGCCCCUGUGAACCCCAACCUUAGCCUUUGUGAGCUUGCUUCCUGGCUCUUUCCUCUGCAAAUUUCCAUCAACUUCAGUGGGAACAAACAGAAGUAGUGUGCCAGCACUCUCAGACUUCCCAAGGCAUGCAAUGCUACAAAAUUUCCACUCCCUUCUUUUCCCUCAUCAACUCAAAAGGAGCUCACAAGAAGUUCUCUUACUAAGACUUAAUGUCAAUAUAAGCACAGAUGUAGCUGACAAUCCCUUGUUCCUUCUGCUGUGGAAAGGUAUGUGCUAUAAAUAAAUUUGUAUGUCAGUGAGGACAGUAGCAUACUGUGAUGUAUCAUGAAUUUGGAAAGCAAUUUGGCUUCUAAAAACAUAGAAAAAGAUAGGCAGACAGCACUGUCACCUCCUAUGUUGCCUAUGCACUUCAGAUACAUAGAAGAAAAUAUAUUGGACUGAACAAAAUAAAUAAAAUAAGCAUGAGCUUACAUAUAUCAGAGUUUAAGAGGAAAAGUAUUAAAUGUAAUUUAUUAUAUGCAUAAUGUUCCAUCAUGUUGUAAAUAUUGCCAUAAUAGUGUAUUGUUGUAGUUUGUUCUUGGCUGGUGAUAGAGUUCUGUGGUAGUGCUGUGCAAGUUGAGUUUUGUUUUUUUUUUUCCUCAAAGUAUAAUUAGCAAAGGUAGCAGAGAGCACCUAAUACGCUGUUGUUCUGGAGCAAGAUGCAGCUUUUUUUUCUUUCUUUCUUACAUGAUAAUAUUUCUUAAACAAGGUAAGAGAGAUGAGAUCAAGGCUUAGCUGUCACUACCAUUGUAUGAAAAACACCAUGUUUGCAACUGCCAACAAGAGGUAGUGCAUUUUUGGACCAUAAUUCGGAUUACCCACUCAUGUGAGAAGGGACCCAAAAUUCCACAACCUGGUGACAGCAGCUUUCUAGUGCCAUCUAGUAUGUCCUUUGCUCACAAACAGAAAGGUGAGUUAGGAGAGCUGUUAGACCUUAUCUCAGGCCUUACCAGCUUCGCAGCAUUCUGCUUAAAUAGCAAAAUCAAGAAUUCAACUUUGAACCAGGGAAGAUAAUACGAAAGCAUCGAGCAUCUUGGCUAGAUCAAUUUUGUAAGGGAGAUUACAGUUUUAGAUCAACCAUGUAGCAAAUGUAAAGGGCACUUGUCACUGAAAAUUACCAGGCAAAGAUGGAGUCUUUUUUUGUUGUUGUUUAUUAAUAAAAAAGUGAGCUGCUUCUAGCUUUUACUGACAACAUUUCUGGUGAUUCCUCUGCCCAGCUCUACUGAACGCUGCACACACACAGUCAGGUGGAGCAGCAGCCUGAAGCACAAAUUCACCAUAAAUCAGAUGCACUUGGUCUUCUGAGGUGCAGGAGCCCAUAUACAAACCUCAGAGACUGAAUGUGUAGGGCUCCUGCAUCUUUGCACAAUACAGGAGAUAGACCUGUGUUCCACUGACAGAGACACUCAGCAGCAUUUUCCCCUUCUGUUAAAUGACCUUUUUUUACAUUUGUUACUGCAAACAGUUCCAAGUAGAAUUAAUUACAAAAUUAUUUUUUAUGCUAAUUGGAGGGUUUCUAACAUAUUCUUAUGAAGCAGUAGGUAGAAAUAUUCCCAGAUCCUGAUUGCAUUCCAUCAUCCUCCACCUCCCUUAAAUGUUGUCAAUAAAAACACUAACCUUUCCAGGUAGCAUGGUGAGAAGACAUUAUGUGAUGAAUAUUAAAAAUAAAUGCAUGAGGUAAACCUGCUGUUAUUUCUGAUUGUCAUAUGAAGCAUGAAUAACACUAAUUUAAAUGUUGGCAACCAAAAAAGUGCAAAGGAAUAAGAUAAUGGUGUUCACUUCUGGUUAAAUGAAAGACAAGAAGUUGUUUCUGUAUUUUCUUAACUACAACACUUUUUUUUGUUACUGUCAUUUCCCAUAGCUUAUCUUAAUUUGGAGCUGGUGAAAUAUACAUCUCUGCUAUAUGUGUCUAUCACCAGAUCAAAAGGAAAAUACUAACUUUUUAUAAUUUUGUAGCAAAUGUUUGUAUUUUUUGAAUUAGAAACAAACUGCUUUUUGUCUUUUGGUCCAACUAAAACUUUGUGUAUUAUUAUUAUUAUUCCCCUUUUGGAAAACCUGAUGUAUAAGUUUAUGCUGUUUUACAGUUUCUAAAUAAAUUCUUAUAACAUUGCCAACAAAUUCAGCAUAGUACUGUAUUUAUUAUCCCUGAUUAUUAUAAAAAAUAUUAUGCCAUAAUGUAAAUGAGGCACUCGCAGAACGCAUGCCUAACUCUAACUGUCCGUACCUGCUUUGUU